CCCAGAAUCCUUUGUGCUGCCCUCACACAGUUAUGUGAAAAGGAGCUCACCUAAAACACUCAGCAUAAUGGAAGCCUUAUAAUCACAAACCUGACCUGUAGGCCUAGGUGCCCGAUAAACAUUUAGAUUUGGCUGCAGAUGCUCCUGGAAACAUUUAUUUUUUAACUUACGCAAACAAGUAUAUAACUUAAAAAGAAAAUGGUGUGCUGUGACAUCGUAUCAGAACAUCUUCAGCCAAACAUGUGAUUCCCCCACCCCCGUUACACACCGCUGGUACAUUUUUUUUGGCAAUCCCAGUUUGACAAAUUGAUUACAAUUUCCUUCUUAAAAAGCCAGAUCAUGUGAGACUGUCCUUUUCUCUGCAGCUCUCCCACCAGAUAAGACUGCUUACUAAACUGGACUUAUUUCUCAAUGGACACAGACCUCAUGUAGCCUGCACUCAGAGGAACCCAUUUCCAUUUUACUUGUUUCUUUUUUCUGUUUUGGAACUGUUCAUUUUUGUUUCUUUAUAAAUCUACAAAUAAUCCUCACAAGGUCUGCAUUAUAGAUGGAUAAUAAUAAGAAGACAGCCUUCCCGGCAAAGCAUAUAACUGGGAACUUAACAUUUCCUUUGUUGGCCGUGUCCCUGCUCUCCUCUUUUGGGUCUUCUAUGUUGUAUGGCUACAACCUAGCGGUGGUAAAUUCUCCCUCUGAGCAUAUUAAAGCAUUUUACAACAGUACCUGGAACCAGCGAUAUGGAGAGUUUCUCGAGCCAAGUUCAUUAACCAUUUUCUAUUCCUUGACGGUGUCGGUGUUUGCGAUUGGUGGAAUGUUGGGCUCUCUGUUUGUUGGAAUUCUGGUAUCCAGAUUUGGAAGGAAAGGAACAGUGAUAAAGAGCUCCCCAUUGGUCUUCAUAGCCGGUGCUUUGAUGGGUUUUAGCCGGAUUUUAGGGUCCCCAGAGAUGGUGAUCAUUGGACGGUUUAUCACCGGCAUUCACUCAGGCAUUUCUCUCAGUGUGGUUCCUAUGUACUUGGGAGAAAUUGCCCCAAAGAAUCUUCGUGGAUUUCUGGGUCUGAUGCCAAGUAUUUUUAUCUGUUUGGGAGUGUUUUCUGCGCAGGUUCUUGGCCUACCAGAGCUACUGGGUCAGGAUGCCAGCUGGCCCUUGUUCCUUUCCUUGGUGGUGAUACCCACUUUCGUGCAGAUUUUGAUGUUGCCUUUUUUCCCAGAAAGUCCUCGCUACCUUCUCAUCGACAAGGGCAAUGUGCACGCUACAAUAGAUGCUCUUAGGUGUUUUCGUGGAGAAUAUGAUGUUCAAGACGUUAUUGAGGAGAUGCAGGAGGAGCAGCACUCUUUGUCCUCUGUAGAGGUGGUCUCCGUUUUCCAGCUACUGAUGGACCGGACUUUGUUCUGGCAGACUCUGUCCGUCAUCGUGCUCAAUAUGGGUAUGCAGCUGUCUGGAAUAGAUGCUAUCUGGUUCUACACCAACUCUAUAUUUGAGAAUGCUGGCGUUCCUUUAGCUGAGAUCCCAUACACAACAGUGGGGACUGGGGCUAUAGAGAUAAUUGCUGGGAUGAUUGGGUGUUUUACAGUGGAGAAGCUGGGCAGACGACCUCUUAUAAUUGGUGGAUUUAGUUUCAUGGGAUUUUGUUGUGCUGGUAUAACUUUGGCUCUAGUAUUUCAGGCAAGAAUCGCUUGGAUGCGGUAUGUUAGUGUGGUUUGUGUGAUUGGAAUCAUAGCGGGUUUCUGCAUAGGUCCCGCUGGACUACCUUUUAUAAUGACAGGAGAGCUCUUCACGCAAUCGCAUCGUCCAGCAGCAUACAUUGUAGGAGGAACUUUGAACUGGUUGUCCAACUUCACAGUUGGUUUUGUGUUCCCCUUCCUUCAGAUGUCAGCUGGAGCCUUCUGCUACCUGGUAUUUUGUGGGGUCUGUCUCUUCGUAGCAGUUUAUGUUUAUUUUGUGAUCCCAGAAACCAGGAAUAAAACCUUUAUGGAAAUUGGUGAAAUGUUCUCCUCUGCAAAAUCCCUAUCUACACCAGUUGUAGCUGUAGACAACGUGAAACUGAAGAAGAUGAAUGGGUAUGGAACAUUAGAAAGCAGUUCUCUGGAAUUUUCAUUACCCUGAAAGAGACUGAACUAUAGACUUGAUUGGAAGAUAUAUAGUCAAACCAAGCGUGGUCUCUACAGGAUGAGAAAAAGUUGGAAAUAUCAGUGUUCUUCAUGAAUUGACAAAUGUCCAUCUUGGGCUCCUAAUAAGAAUAUUUUGUAUAUAAAUACCUAAUACCUUGAAAUGUUGCUAAAAAUAAAUCGUGUUGCCCACAACAUUUAUAACAUUU